AUGGAACCCGCAAAAUUUAGCCUUAAUGAGAAAAGGUAUUUAGUUCAUGACACAAAUCACAAAUUUUGAGAAAUUAUAAAUGAAGGCUCAUUCAUUCAUUAAAUUGUUAUAGAGAAGCUCGGUAAGUUUGAAAAAGCUUUUCACAUCACUUGCUUCGCACACCCCUUUGCUCACUAGCCUGAUUCGACAGCAUAAGGCUUGUGUUGCUGCCUCCGGGCAAGGGCCUACACUUACUAUCCGGAGAUAGAUACAUUGGGUCACUGUGAAGUAAGUUGACGAGUUGCUUUUUCUGAAAAUUUAAAAAGCGAAUUUUUUGAUUAGGCUAUCGGCCCCAGAUGAAACUUGUAGUCCAUGGCGUAGCUCACGGUAUCGCGCUAGUAAAUCCCCGAUUGGCCAGCGAACUUCCUCUAGCCUUGCUGGCUUAUCUCUUUCCAAUUCCAAGUUCCAUCCUCUUACUCCUCAUCCUCAGAGUAAAACCUUGCACUGGAUGUGAGCCUGCGGUCGGCUAGCCCGGCAUUGCGCUCCAUCAGACCAAGCAGAACCUGGCCCUCAGACUCUCGUCCGGCUACAGGUGAUAAGAGUGCAGGUUGGCUCGCCACGCCUAUUUUUUAUGUAUAUAUGAAUGAAGGCUCAAUAAAUCAUAUUAGAUAUGGAAAAUUAAAAGACGGUGUUGAGCAUGAUAUACAAAGUGGAUUAUCUGCGUACGAAUCUAAUGAAGAGGCAUUAUCUCGGGCUAUGACUUUAGUAAUUUCAAAAGAAAAUAAAGGCUAUAUUCAAGACCAUCCUUAUUUAAACCGGCUUAUUUUAAAAUCCCCCGCAAAAACUCCUGUGAAAAAUCGUUUUACAUCAAUUUUAUCAGAAAAGAACUUAUAUGAUGGCACAUAUUUAGAACUAGAGCAUAUCGAUAAAACUGAAUACUGGAAAGUCCAAGUAAGCGGAAAUUCUAUCAAAAUUGAUACAGGUUUUGAAGGGCAAAAUUCUAACUCCCCCGCUUCCAAGCUGUUAAAAAAUUAAACAGAAUUACCAAGAGAUUUCAUUAUGCUAAAUUUACUUAUAUAUCAAGAUAUUUUUUAUACCUAAUUUUUUUUUUAAAAAAUUCUUGUUCGUUAAAGAAGUGUGGGUUUUUUGGGCAUAAAAUAGGGAUUUUUCCAAGGCUCUGUUCACUCACGGAGGGGGGAGUAAGCAAACAACCAUAAAAAAAUAUAGCAACGAUGAAGAAGCUGCAAAAAUAGCUAAAAUUAAAACAAGAGAAAAAAUCGCUGUGGGCUUCAAGAGAAACGAAAAUAAAUUUAUUAAAGAUUUCUACUUAUUGUCGCCAAAUCCGGAAAGAAAUGAAAUAAUUGAUUUAACAGUUGAUGAAGAUAGGCCAAAGCCAGUGCAGAGGAAAUUAUUUCAAAAAGAAAUUCAAAACCUAGAAUCUAAAACUCUUAACAUAGGAGAUCUGUUAUGUAGUAUAGGACUAGAAAGAUAUAUCAAGCUUUUUGAAGAUGAAAGAAUUUCAAUGGAUGAAUUUUUAACUUUAAACGAAAGAGACCUUGAGAAUUUAAAUCUUCCCGCUCCUCAUAGGAAACUAAUUCUGGACUGUAUAUCAUCAAGAGAUGAAUCUGAAGCUUCUAAAAAAAUAAAAUUGAAUUAA